AUGACGGGGAAGGAAGAUGGCGACGUCCGCCUCGUGGCUAUGCCUGCAGUAGAUGCUCUUCUUGAGCUGGACGAGAUGCCCUUUGAAGAGAUCGGCAGCGCUUUAAAGACAGGCGAUUUGGCCGAAGUGGUCAUUGUACGACUGGACGAGGAGAUAAACCCGUCAUCGUUUCUGGAUGAAGCUGUCUUAGAGGACACCAAGAGAGUGUUGAACGCACGACGUGGAUCGUCGAUCCAACGGAAUCCCUUGCAUCUGUACUAUCCUUUGGUAAAGGAAUUUCAAGACGUCAUCUCCAAAGACCCGCCUUCGGUCCCACCCCUGGACCGAGGUGUGCGUCAUGAGAUUGACUUGGUUCCGGGAACCAAAUACUGUGUAACACGCCAAUGGCCCCUGCCUAAGGGGUAG